AAAGCAAAAACAAUAAAAACAAAAAAAGAAAUAAAAAGAAAAGCGCGUGGAUGGCCAGAAAAGCCGUUCAACAAAAAAAAAAUUAAUUAAAUAUUAUUAAAUAAUAAUAUUAAGUUAAAAAAGAAAAAUCUACCAAAAUCAACAUGAAUAUCGAUGGCCUGAAAAAUGAAUGGGAGGAACUCAACAAGGAGUAUGCCGAGCUGGAGAGCUGCAACAGUCGUUAUAUUGAGCUGCUGGAACAGCUGCACAGCCACCAACAAAUGUGCUUCAAUGAGAUCAAGCACCAGCGUUACCGCAUGAACCAGAUUACAGCAUCUUUAAGACAAUUCAAAGGCCCCGUACCAUCGGAGGACCGUGAGAAGGUCGAUGAACUCCACAAAAUGACCUUGAAGCGGAAGGCGCAACUUCACGAAAUCGAGCAAUCCUUGCCAGCAAAAUCCGGCCGCUACUUGCAGAUAAUCUUGGGCGAUGUGAAUGUCUCAAUUCUCAACAGAAACGACAAAGUUCGCUAUAAAGAUGACUAUGAAAAGUUUAAAUUAAUACUCAACGUAAUUGGACUGAUAAUGGCCUUCUUCAAUUUGAUAUUCAACUACAGAGCCCUGGAGCUGGCCUUCAUUUUUCUGCUAGUCUGGUACUACUGCACCCUGACCAUUCGCGAGUCCAUCCUGAAGGUGAAUGGCUCCCGGAUCAAGGGCUGGUGGCGGGCCCAUCACUUCAUCUCGACAGUGGCUGCCGGAGUCCUCUUGGUUUGGCCUCAGGGCGAGCACUGGCAGAUCUUCCGGAUGCAGUUCAUGUACUUUAAUGUAUACAUCAGCAUCGUUCAGUACUUGCAGUUCGGCUACCAGAAGGGUCUACUCUAUCGACUGAAGGCUCUCGGGGAGCGACACAACAUGGACAUCACUAUCGAGGGCUUCCACUCGUGGAUGUGGCGCGGUUUGAGUUUCCUGCUACCCUUCCUCUUCAUCGGAUAUGGCUUCCAGGCCUAUAACGCCUGGACGCUCUACAAGCUGGCCUACUCGCCGGCGGACGCGCCCUGGCACGUCUCGGUCAUGAGCGGCCUCUUCCUGCUGCUCUUUGUCGGCAACAUGGCCACCACACUCUGGGUCGUGCCGGAGAAGAUCCGGGAGCGAUCCAAGGAGCGAUACCGUCUCCAGAGCAUGGGCAAGUCCAUGAAGCUGCGCAAGGAGAUGAAGAAUAGUGCCAGUGACUUGAAUCUAUCUAGUGGCUCUCAGGCAGCAAAGCUUUCCCCAACAGCGACGUCUGCUGCAACAGCGACCGUGACUGCGGCAGCGACGCAAACUCCCGCCGAUAAAAAGGAAAUUUAAAAAAAAAAAAACAGAAAAAUAAAUCAAUUGUU